AUGUCGAGUGCGUACUCAUCCAGCUCUUCAGCUGUGGAGUGCGUACUCAUCCAGUCUUCAACUGUGGAGUGCGUACUCAUCCAGUUCUUCAACUGUGGAGUGCGUACUCAUCCAGCUCUUCAACUGUGGAGUGCGUACUCAUCCAGCUCUUCAACUGUGGAGUGCGUACUCAUCCAGCUCUUCAACUGUGGAGUGCGUACUCAUCCAGCUCUUCAACUGUGGAGUGCGUACUCAUCCAGCUCUUCAACUGUGGAGUGCGUACUCAUCCAGCUCUUCAACUGUGGAGUGCGUACUCAUCCAGCUCUUCAACUGUGGAGUGCGUACUCAUCCAGCUCUUCAACUGUGGAGUGCGUACUCAUACCAGCUCUUCAACUGUGGAGUGCGUACUCAUCCAGCUCUUCAGGUGUAGAGUGCGUACUCAUCCAGCUCUUCACAUGUAGAGUGCGUACUCAUCCAGCUCUUCAGCUGUGGAGUGCGUACUCAUCCAGUUCUUCAACUGUGGAGUGCGUACUCAUCCAGUUCUUCACUGUGGAGUGCGUACUCAUCCAGCUCUUCAACUGUGGAGUGCGUACUCAUCCAGCUCUUCAACUGUGGAGUGCGUACUCAUCCAGCUCUUCAACUGUGGAGUGCGUACUCAUCCAGCUCUUCAACUGUGGAGUGCGUACUCAUCCAGCUCUUCAACUGUGGAGUGCGUACUCAUCCAGCUCUUCAACUGUGGAGUGCGUACUCAUCCAGCUCUUCAACUGUGGAGUGCGUACUCAUCCAGCUCUUCAACUGUGGAGUGCGUACUCAUCCAGCUCUUCAACUGUGGAGUGCGUACUCAUCCAGCUCUUCAGGUGUAGAGUGCGUACUCAUCCAGCUCUACAACCCUCUACAUCGUGCGCAGACGCGACGCGCAGCCCGGAGCCUCGGCCCCUGACUACAUAA